AUGGAAUUUGAAAAGCACUGGAUUGGGCGCGGAACUUUUAGUGAUGUUUUUGAAUUGGUUGGCCAUCAUCCGCCAGCUGUUCUAAAAUUGAUUCAUUGUGCAACAGAUGCUCAGCGAAACGUCUAUGAAAAGGAGUAUGAAACGUUGAAGGAAUUAGAGCAUCCAAAUAUUGUUGGAUAUAUUCGAAGGGAACAAAUUGACGAAUAUCGAUUUGGAAUCAUUAUGGAAUAUUGUCAAUUGGGAAAUCUAAAAAAGUUGGUGUUUGAUCCAACCCUCAUCUACACAAUGCACACCGUCGCUUUUUGGGGAGAGCAACUAUUUGGAGCUCUCGAUUACAUGUAUCGAAAGCAUAAAGUCAUUCAUCGAGACAUCAAACCAGAAAACAUCUUCGCCGCAGAGGAUUGGACACUGAAAAUUGGGGACUUUGGCUCGAUAAAAAUGAUUGAACAAACAUGCACUGGGACUUUUGCGGGAACACAGCGCUACAGAAGUCCCCCGCAACUCGAUGAAAAUAGGGAAAGCUGGGGACAAAUGGAUACCAGUUUACAAGAUUCGCAUCGAAAUGACGUUUAUAGCCUUGGGCUAAUUCUCUGGGAAAUCAUCCAAAGGAGGACGGUGUUUACUGAAUACGACGUGAAAAGUGGUGGUUUCAAUCGAGAGCUUUUUUGGUCGACAUUGUUC